CAAAGUUGUGCAGGCUCGUUGUAAACAUGAUGUCCGUAUGUUGCUUUUUGGCGCUCGGGUUGUUUUCGUGUGCGCUGUGUAGAGAUGGAGAGAAAGGGUCAAAGCUGGAGAGACUGCAGCCGGACUUCAGCAGUGAUGAGCAGCACACACUUAGUUUGAACAAGUCCGAGGUCUCGAAACGCAGCGCAGGACUGAAUGAACAGACAUGUACAGGUUUUCCUGGCGUGGAGUCAACCCUGCCAAACAACACCCAUACUUUCGCCUUCAAAGUGAGAACCAUGGGUUCCCUGUCACUGGCCUGGGUGGGAGAUGGAUCAGGGGUGUUGCUGGUCUUGACAACAUUUCAGGUGCCGUUGUUCAUGAUGCGUUUCGGCCAGUCUAACCUCUACAGGAGUGAAGACUACGGGAAGACGUUCCAAGACGUGACUCACCUGAUCAACCACACCUUCAUCCAGACUGAGUUCGGUAUCGCUAUCAGUCCUGACCACUCCGGCAAAGUCAUCCUUACUGGCGAUGUGUCGGAAAUCGGGGGAUUUCGACUGUUUCGCUCGCAGGACUUCGGCCUGACAUUUACCCCAUCUGAUCUGCCGUUUGAGCCCCUCAUUCAGAUGCUGUACAACCCAGGAGACUGCAACGCACUUCUGACGCUCAGUAUCACGUUGGACCUGUGGCUGUCUGAGGACUUUGGCACCACCUGGAGGAAGAUCCAUGACAGUGUUUGUUUGGUCAGAUGGGGUCCAAAAAACAGCAUCUACUUUACAACAAACUACAAUGGAUCGUGCAAUGAAAAGGGAAUGCUGGAGUUAAGGAAAACGGCAGACUACGGUAGAAGCUUCCAGACGAUCGCAACAAGAGUUUAUUCUUUUGUACUGGGAGGGCGCUUUGUUUUCGCUUCCAUCAUGACUGGCACGGGUACAGAACGUAUGAUCCAUGUGUCAGUGGACGGAGGCCAAGUGUGGAACAUGGCUCAGCUUCCUAAAGUCAACCAUGAGCAGUUCUACUCCAUCCUGGCAGCCAAUCAGGACAUGAUAUUCAUGCAUGUGGACGACCCUGAAGACUCUGGGGUUGGAACCAUCUAUGUAUCAGAUGACAGAGGAACCGUGUUCUCCAAGUCUCUGGAGCGUCACCUCUAUACUACCACAGGAAGUGACACUGACUUUACCGCCAUUGCUUCCCUCAGGGGCGUCUACAUGACCAGCAUACUCACAGAGGAUGGUGCUGUGGAGACAGUGAUCACCUUUGAUCAAGGAGCAAAGUGGCAGACGCUGCGCAGACCACAAAACAGCCAUUGUGACACUGAGACCUCAACUAACAGGCCUAAUAGAUGUAGACUUCACAUCCAUGCCUCCUACAGCACCACCAUGAAGAUGAAUGUCCCCAUGCUGCCUCUCUCGCAGCCCAGUGCUGUUGGCCUGAUUCUUGCCCAUGGCAGUAUUGGAGACGCAGAGUCAUCUCUCUUGCCUGACGUAUUUGUGUCUGAUGAUGGGGGCUAUUCGUGGCUGUUGGCCCUCAGGGGUCCACAUCAUUAUGCUAUACUGGACUCUGGAGGCCUGCUGGUGGCUGUGGAGCACACCAACUCACCUGUUAAUCAGAUUAAGUUUUCCACAGAUGAAGGGCAGUGCUGGCAUACAUAUAACUUCACCAGUGACCCCUUUCACUUCAGCGGUAUGGACAGUGAGCCCGGCUCGCGCUCCAUGAACGUCAGCCUGUGGGGCUACAGGAACGACUUCAGUAAAUGGGUGGUGAUCACUGUAGACUUCAGGAAGCUCCUCACCAGAGAUUGCAAUGAAGGGGACUAUGUACAGUGGCUUGCUCACUCUGCAGACCCUAGUGGAUCUAAUGAUGGCUGUGUGCUGGGCUAUAAAGAGACCUUCUUACGCCUGAGGAAAAACUCUGUCUGCUGGAACGGCAGAGACUAUGCUGUCACCAAGCAGCUGUCCCCCUGCUCGUGUACAGUGGAUGAUUAUCACUGUGACUUUGGAUACUACCGACCAAUGAACAGCUCAGAGUGUGUAGAGCAGGAGAAGUUGAAGACUCGACCUCUGGAGUUCUGUUUAAAUGGAACUAUCGAACAGCUACAGACCAGUGGCUACCGAAAGAUUCCAGGAGACCAGUGUGAGGGUGGUUUCCAGCCAGACAGGAGGGAGACUGACCUGAGGAGGAUGUGCACCAGCAAUGCCCUUCAUCCAAAUUCUCUGACUGAAACUGGUUCAACAAACACAGCUGUCAUAGUGAUGGUUGUCAUAGUGAUCCUGCUGACGAGCGCCAUAGCAGGCGUUUGGCUUGUGAAGAAAUACGUCUGUGGAGGACGGUUCCUUGUGCACCGAUACUCUGUCAUGAGGGAAAAUGUUGAGGCUAAUAAAAUUGAAGGAGUCGAUGAUAUUGACGCCCACUACAUGGAGACAGGAAAAGCACAGUACAAUGAAGAUUCAGAUCAGGACCUCUUAGAAUAAGGUGGAGAUUUCGGCCCACUCCAAGGCUCUUCAAGACUAAAUUUAACACAGUCUUUCCUGAUGCCUGGACACUCCUGUUGUUCCCACGUGCUGAUUAACAUCUGCUUCUCAAUUUUCGUUAUCACCUGGCGGCUGGAGGACCCAACAGCAGCAGGGUGACUCUCACAUUGCUUCCUUGUACCAGUUGAGGAUCCAAACAGCAAAAAAAAAAGGCAAACUGGUGACUUGGGGAGGGGGGACUAAACCCAGUGCAGGACAGAAGAAGGCUCUGGGGCCCCUGGAGAGCUUUUGUUGUUUCUGUCACAAAGAGUUCUGUAAAGACUGUUGAGUCUGAAUAUGUGCUCUGUAUGUUUCCUUUCAUGCUGAUCUAAGGAGAGAUGGCAUUUCAUAUGUGUGAUGCACCGCAGAUGCGCAAAACAGAAGACAGGACUUUGAGAUAUAUAGGCUUCUAGAAAAUGUUAUAAAAGUAUGUCAGAAUUAGGGAGCAACCAAGCAAUAGAACACAGAAAUUAAUCAAUAAUAUGUUAGCUCAAAGUCUGUGUGUCUGCUGUCAGUCAAGUAGGUUUUUUUUUUGUACUCUGUAAAUGUAAAACUUGCUAAAUGCAGCCCUGUUGUGCAGACCAUUUAAACAUUCAUUUUAUCAGUUUCACCUGUCUCUAAAAUUGGGCAGUAGCACAUUUUUAAAGACUACUCACCAUUCUUAUGCUUAGAAGGGAGCACUUUUCAUUUUAAUAGAAAUGACUGUGAGUAGUAGUACACCUUAAAAUGUUAUUUGUCACCAUUUUUUUUUACCAGUAAUGUUUCUGUUCUUACCAUAUACUGUUUUUGUUUUUUUUUGUUUUUUACAGAUGAGUAGUUUUCAACAAAAUCCCAUCAGGCGAUGCACUUUAUAUGUUCAUAACACUAAUUGCUUUUGUUAUGUAGCCAUAAUAGAUUU